GCCCGCCUCUCUUUUUGUGUUCUUUCUGUCACCUGAGAACACACGCGACCAUGAUGGCGGCCUACAGUGUAGCGAGAAGCGGCUGCGGACUAUUCAGUGGCUUGCGUCUGUCUUUCCGGAGUUUGGCCCAAGUCAAACAUGGUGUGGCAGCACCUGCGACGACAUCACAGACGAGCUUGCACCCGCACGGCCGCUGGUACUGUGUCAGCCACCUCUCGGUUAAGGAGAGGAUCGAGAAGAAACGCAAGGCGGCGCUAAUCGGGGGAGGUCAGAAGCGGAUUGAUGCUCAACACAAACGGGGCAAGCUGACUGCCAGAGAGCGCGUGGCCCUCCUGCUGGACCCGGAGUCCUUCGUGGAGUCGGACAUGUUUGUGGAGCACCGCUGCUCCGACUUUGGCAUGGAGCAGGAUAACAACAAGUUCCCGGGUGACAGUGUGGUGACGGGACGAGGCAGGAUAAAUGGCCGCCUGGUUUACGUCUUCAGUCAGGACUUCACCGUGUUUGGCGGCAGCUUGUCAGGAGCUCAUGCACAGAAGAUCUGCAAGAUCAUGGAUCAAGCCAUGAUGGUGGGAGCCCCUGUCAUUGGGCUCAACGACUCGGGAGGUGCUCGCAUCCAAGAGGGGGUGGAGUCUCUGGCGGGGUAUGCAGAUAUAUUCCUGAGGAAUGUGAUGGCUUCAGGGGUGGUCCCUCAGAUCUCUCUCAUCAUGGGGCCAUGUGCAGGAGGCGCCGUCUACUCGCCCGCCCUGACGGAUUUUACCUUCAUGGUGAAGGACACGUCGUACCUUUUCAUCACGGGUCCGGAUGUCGUCAAGUCGGUCACCAACGAAGACGUCACUCAGGAGGAGCUGGGCGGAGCCAAGACGCACACCACCGUCUCAGGCGUGGCGCACCGGGCGUUUGAGAACGACGUGGAGGCCCUGCUGCACCUACGCGAGUUCUUCAACUUCCUGCCGCUCAGCAAUCAGGAUCCCGCACCCGUCAGGGAAUGUCACGACUCCAGCGAGCGGCUGGUCCCGUCCCUGGACACCAUCGUGCCCUUGGAGUCCACUAAAGCCUACGACAUGUUGGACAUCAUCCACACGAUUGUUGACGAAAGGGACUUCUUUGAGAUCAUGCCCAAUUAUGCCAAAAAUAUUGUGGUGGGAUUCGCCCGCAUGAACGGACGCACCGUGGGCAUCGUGGGGAACCAGCCCAAAGUGGCCUCCGGUUGUCUGGACAUCAACUCGUCCGUGAAGGGAGCACGCUUCGUUCGCUUCUGCGACGCCUUCAACAUUCCCAUCAUCACCUUUGUGGACGUGCCGGGCUUCCUACCGGGGACGUCUCAGGAGUACGGCGGCAUCAUCCGACACGGAGCCAAGCUGUUGUUUGCCUUCGCCGAGGCCACUGUGCCCAAAAUCACCAUCAUCACCAGGAAGGCGUAUGGCGGCGCCUACGACGUGAUGAGCUCCAAACACCUGAGGGGGGAUAUCAACUAUGCCUGGCCCACAGCUGAGGUUGCCGUCAUGGGUGCCAAGGGAGCAGUUCAGAUCAUCUUCCGAGGGAAGGAAAACCAGGCUGAGGCUGAGGCCGAAUACGUGGACAAGUUUGCCAACCCUUUCCCAGCUGCAGUCAGAGGCUUUGUGGACGACAUCAUCGAGCCAGCGACCACUCGCAAGAAGAUCUGCAGAGACCUGGAAGUGUUGGCCAGCAAGAAGCAGGUCAACCCCUGGAAGAAGCACGCCAACAUUCCCCUGUGAAACAUCCACUGGCGCUCUCCGUCUCUCUCUCCGUCUCUCUCUCUCUCUCUCCAUGGUGUGGGAGUCCAACCUGUUAAAGCUGCAAAGUGGAUGACCCCUGGAUGCAUUGAUACUUGGCGGCCAUGUUUGUGGUCAUCACAGCUUCAUUUGAUGAAGCAAUACAAUGGUGAUUAUAUGCAACUAUUUACAUUUCGAUGUAAAUCCAAAAAGUCAUUUACUGAUAUUUUUGUGUGUCGUGUUCAGGCUCCUCAUGUGAAAUAACUUCACUCCUCAUAUUUUUAGGUCAAGAAUUAUCACAAACAAAAAGUGUGCCUUUUUAAUCACAGUGAAAUAAAUCAUACUGUAAAGAAAAGGUGGA